AUGGCGGAAGAGAAGCCUGAGCAAUCGGCAUCGGCCUUUGGGGCGAUGUUCGAUGGUUUCCGCUCAGAGCUGGAUCAACAUCACGAUCGCCGAGAGCGCAUCAUCAAAGCAUCACGCGACAUCACUGCGGCGAGCAAGAAGAUGGUUCGCACUGUCGGUCAAGCAUUCCCUCCAUGGGUGGCCAAGAAGAAUGCCGAAUACUGGGAUAUCAUCGAAGAUCGAUACAAGAACAUCGCUGCAGAUGUACAAGGUCUCAACGCGUAUCGAUACUCGCACAACAUCACAGGCGGCAAUCAAGAGUUCAUGGAGGCGCUCAGCUUCCAACACUACCUGGAGACGCAAUCACUCAUUUCUUAUGACGAAGUCAAGUCAAGGAUCGCUGCUAUGAGCGGUGAAGCUGGACCGAUUCCCUUCACCCCAGAGGACUACAUACUAGGCGUUUGCGACAUGACUGGCGAGCUCAUGCGCUUCUCGGUCACAAGCAUGGCUACUAGCGGAAAGCUCCCAGCUGGAAAGCCAGUCGAUUCAAACAAGAGGCUCAAGCAAGAUAACGACCAAGAUGAGCACGCGGACAAGAUGGACAUUGACGAACAAACACCUGCUACGACGGAGACGCCAAAGCCACGAACCGUCUUGGAUGACCUAAGAGCAAUUCGCCUGCAGCUUGAGAUGUUUGAUGUACAAGGUGGGUCCAAGUUUGCGUCUGAGCUGGAGACAAAGAAGAUGCCGGUCAUGCGUGAGUGUGUGGACAAAGUGGAAAAGGGACUAUAUGGACUCACAGUGCGUGGCAACGAGAGGCCCAAGGGAUGGAUGCCAGACAUGGGCAGUGCCAAAGUUGAAGUGGAGAGUUACUGAGCAUGUGGAGGGUUGACAGAUUCAGCGACAUGCCUCUGGUAGCCAUCAGUGAAAGUAAUCAACGAUUAGUGCACGGC